ACCUACAAACCCCUCAACAUAGAACAACCAGCCAUCAGAAAUUCAAGAUCGAUCCAUCCAUCUGCACAAUAAUGGCAUUGCUGGAUGAGUACAGCAGCGAUGAGCUACUCCAGGCUCAGCUUCAGCUCUGGCACCAGGCCCUCGGCUUCUUCAAGUCUGUCGCGCUUGCAGUCGCCUUAGACCUCGGCAUCCCCGACGCCAUCCAUCGCCUCGGUGGUGCUGCAACCCUUCCUCAGAUACUCGCAGAGGCUGGGGUCAACCCCCGUAAGCUUCGCAACCUGCGUCGCAUCAUGCGUGUGCUCACCUUAUCUGGCAUCUUCAGCAUCAAACAGGCAGCAACGGCGGCGUCAGACGGAGAAGGUCCAGUCUACAAGCUGACGACGGCAUCCCGCCUCCUCGUCAAAGACGAGAGCUUGACGAGGAGCCAGCAGCUGCCUCCUGUUCUAUACACGCACCUCAUGCUCACACCUUGCCGAGAAUCCACGGCCGGCAUGGGCAUAAACGCGUGGUUCCGGCAGGAGCAGGAUCAGCCGCAGCCAGCGGCGGGUCCAUUCGCCCUCGAGUACAAUGGCCAGACGGUCUGGGAAAGAGCAGAGCACGACGCCACGACGUUCCCGUUCGACGACGCCAUGGCCUCCGACACGGCCUUUCUCAUGCCGAUCGUCCUCAAGGAGUGCAGCGAGGUUUUCCAUGGGUUAACCUCGCUUGUCGAUGUUGCUGGUGGGCUUGGCGGGGCCGCUGCUACCAUAGUGGCGGCGUUCCCGGAUUUGAAGUGCACCGUGCUGGAUCUCCCACAUGUUGUCGCCAAGGCUCCCACUGACACCAACGUGCAUUACGUUGCUGGUGACAUUUUUCAAAGUAUUCCACCGGCAAACGCAGUGUUCCUCAAGUGGAUUCUGCAUGACUGGCACGAUGAUGAGUGUGUCAAGAUACUGAAGAACUGCAAACAAGCAAUACCUCCACGAGAUGCAGGAGGGAAGAUAAUAAUAAUAGAUAUGGUGGUUGGAUCUGAGCCGUCAGACCUCAAACACAUAGAGACACAGGUUUUGUUUGACCUCAUGAUGAUGAAUGUCAAUGGGGUCGAGCGAGAUGAGAAUGAGUGGAAGAACAUCUUCUUCGAGGCAGGAUUCAAGGACUACAAAAUCAUACCACUUCUUGGUGUUCGUUCUAUUAUCGAGCUCUAUCCUUAAAGCUCAGUGAAACCAUCCAUAACAAUAAGAGCAUCGAUGGGAACAUGCAUCAAUAGCUGUGGACUGUUGUUUUUUAUAUUGAUAGAGUAACACCGAAUAAGAGGAUCUCCUAUAGAUAUGGAGGGAUUCGUAUCUGGCCGGGCAUCUGGUCAGCUCUUCUUGGACCUAGCUAGAGUCUUAUUAUAGACAAAAGUUUGCACACAUAUAUAUGAGUGCGACCUCCAACUGUAAACUGGCGAAUGACAAAAUGAGUUUGUCUUUUGAUA